AUGACACCGGAUACCCCAACUCCUCAAGAGAACGGCAAUCAUGUCGUUGCACCCCCUGCAAAGAGCUCACAAGUUCUCCAAGUCGAACGACAUGAUUAUCUCGACCUGGCACCCACGAACCGCCCUCGGGCUCACUCAAUGGAAGGGUUCGACGACAUCUAUACUGAUAUUGUCGAUUACAUCGUGCGCUGCACCCACAUGAUCUGGGACGAGCGCGACAUUGGUCUGAUCUACACCCACUAUACCCACAACUGCGUCCUAUACGGUACGCUGGGCACAAUCUACGACCGGGAGACCAUCGUCCGUGACACCAUCCAGCGCCUCGUCUCCUUCCCCGAGCGCCGCGGCAUGGCCACCCAGGUGGUCUGGAACGGCGACGACCAAGAAGGCUUCUACACCUCGCACCUCGUCACUGGGCAGGGCCGCCACACGCAGGACGGGCACUUUGGCCCCGCGACCGGGAAGACGUUUGUCUCGCGCACCAUCGCCGACUGCAUGGUCUACCGCAACCGGAUCUAUCGCGAGUGGGUCGUGGCCGAUAACAUGGCCAUCAUGAAACAGCUCGGCCUGGACGUGCACACAUAUGCCUCCGAGGCUGCGCGCGGCCUAUUCGACAAGGGUCUGGAGACGAUCGAUAUUGGCGAGAACCGGCGCAUCAUCGGCCAGCAGAACCCCCAGGCGGCGGCUGAUACGGCCAUCGCGAACAACGAGCUGGAGGUGCAGACGUUGACGUGGCUGCACGAGAUGUGGAAUAAGCGGAUGUUCGGCAUGGUGCACAAGAUGUACGCGAGCAAUUGCCAGUAUCAUGGGCCGAAGAUGGCGGAGCUGUAUGGGCCUGCCUCGGUGCUUCAUCAGCAUCUGGGGCUUCUGGGCUCGAUCCCGGAUGGGAUUUAUAUGCCGCAGCACAUUGCGUCGACGCCUUGUGAGGAAGGGGGCGUGAAGGUUGCGGUGAGGUGGGUUCUUGAGGGCCACCACUUGGGGUUUGGGCUGCUUUCGGAGCUGGGGAAGCCUACUGGGCAUCGGUUGCAGGUUAUGGGGAUGACGCACUAUCAUUAUAGGAAUGGGCGCAUCGUGGAUGAAUGGAAUGUCUAUGAUGAGCUCUCUUUGCUUACGCAGAUUAAGCUGGCUCAGAUUAUUGAGGAGGCUCGAAAAUAA